AUGUCCGCUACGCUGCUCGACUCGGUCGUCCACAUCGUUGCGAGCGAUGAGGAAGAGGCGGACCUAAAAACGCUCCAGCACCAGGACAACCUGCUGACGCUCCUCGUGCUCGUGAUCACCCCGUACUACCUCCGCACGCUGUACGACUACACGCUCGAGCGCUUCAACGCCCUGCUCCAGUGGAUCAGCGAGCAUGGCUAUGGCAUCCGCUGCGGUGAGAGCCGCCGCGGCCACAUCGGGCUCGGGAUGGUCGAGGUGCUGCAGAGCCGCAUCCCGUGGCGAGAGGCGAGAACGAUGACCGGCAUGGACAAAGACACUGCCUUCGUUGCGGGGUUCGCGCGCCUCCUGCUCUGGCACCACCUCCAGCCCAUCGCGUACGGCCUCGCCUUCGUCGCUUCGUGGAACGACGUGUCGCCGCUGCAGCGAAUGCUCGGCGUAGUGGUUGCGCUGCGCGAGGCGAUCUAUAUCGCGCUCACCCUGUUCUGCCUGCACUUCAACCCCGCCUACCUCCUCGUCGACACGGCGGCCACGUGGCGCAAGGACCGGUACGUCGCGCUCAUCUUUACGCUGCUCUAUGUCCUCUCGCCCGAGAAGUACGUGUGGCUCGCCCUCGUCCGCGGCGCCGCCGAAACCGGCGACGCCUCCGCGGCCGCCGACCCUCCUCGGCAGGUCGAGCUGGAGGCGGAGGUGGAACUGGAACUGGAGGCCAAGCGGCUGCGUGAUGAGCAGGAGGCGGAGGUGGAGCGGAUCGCGGGCACGCUCCACGCGGCGCAGUCGCUCGGGCCACGGGGCGCCGCCAUCCUGCUCUUCGGCGGCUUCCUCGUGCUGCUCGACAUGGUCGCGCUCAUCGCGAUGGCGGUCGCGCUCGAUGCUGCGCACCGGGCGCCGGCGCCGCUGCUGGUGGGCUACUCGGUGACCGCGGUGGGAGGGCUCUUCGUCCUCGUCUGCGCGGUGGGCUACGCGAUCGUGAUGCAGAUCGACAAGCGUGGCGUGCCGCUGCCGGGGCCGCUGGCGGUGCUGUACCGGCAGGAGGCGCUCGACGCGUUCUGGGAGAAGGUGGGGUCGUCGGAGGAGGAGGCUCGUGUGGCUAGGCAUAACCAAGAGGAUCUGCUGCAAAUCGUGCGUGGCGCAGUGGCGGUGGCCGAGGUGGCGACAAAGCACUGCGCAGGCGGCGCGGUCGACUCGGCUCCCGCCCGCAUCCUGAGUGAGCUUCGCAGCCUCGAGCGCACUUUGCAGAACGAAAGGUUUGAGCUGAUGGUCUACGGCGUGUACAGCGUUGGCAAGAGCAGGCUGCUGCAGACAGGCUACCCGUCACUGAAUAAUAUGCUGCCUGUCUCCUCUAAGGAGUGCACCGCGCACCUGAUCAAAAUCGACGUCGGUGGCGGCAGCAAGGGCGCUAAACUGCAUUUCCACUGGAGCGCCGUCGCUGAGUUGGACUCGACGCUGCGCGACUUGCUCCCGGAGAAGGUGCGCGAGUUCCUUGACGAGGAAACGCUCGCGCUCGCCAGGGAAUACGUUCUCGCCGGCUGCUCGCUUUGGCCGGAUGGGAGCGAGCAGGAGUCGCCUCCGACGCUGCGACUUUCAGAGGAGGAGGUCAGCGCGUGGGCUCGCGUCCAUGGCAACGAUGGUGCGAGCAUCAAGGCCCUUGCUAGCGUGGUUGAUCACAUCGCGGUCGGCGUCACGGCAAACGCCGACUGCCAGCCUUACAACAUCAUCGACGCUCCUGGGCUUGGGGCCGACGAGAGCCGACGCGCCAUCGCAGAGCGCCACCUGCGCAAGUGUGACGUGCCCAUCGUCGUCGCCUCCUUCACCGACCUCAGCCUCGAGCCGCUCCAAGAGGCGUUGCGGCAAAUCAAAGCCAGCGGCCACCAGCCAAUUAUCGUCAUUACCAAGCUCGACGCGGAGUACAAGGCGCUCGAUGAGGACGACCACUCUGACCAAAGCCUGCAAACACUCAUGGAGGCGAGCAAGGCGGACGCGCGGCGCAUCUUUGUUCAGGCCGGCUUCCAAGCGUCGGAUAUCCACUUCGUAUCUGCCGAGUGGACGAGUCGACUGCUCGCGAAUCCCUGCGCCGCCUGUCCGGGAUCCCCGCCUUUUGGGAUGCCGUCGACGAGCUAG